AUGACGCAAGUCAAUAGAGAGGUGGUGGCUCCGGCAAACCCAAUAAGUGGGAUGGGUGUUGCUAGAAUAAGGGAGUUUUUGAGGAUGAAUACUCUAGAGUUUAGUGGCUCCAAGGUGGAAGAGGAUCCGAAUAGGUUCAUAGAGGAGGUUUAUAUGAUACUUUCUAUGAUGGGGGUGACUACUAUAGAGAAAGCGGAACUAGCCACUUAUCAAUUGAAAGAUGUUGCCCAAAUUUGGUAUGAACAAUGGAAGGAUAGUAGGCUAGUAGGAGUGAGUCCUAUAGAGUGGGAAGUAUUUAAGUCGGCCUUUCUAGAAAGGUUCUUUCCUCGGGAGUUGAGGGACGCUAAGAUGGAAGAGUUCAUCAAUCUUAAGCAAGAGAGAUUCAAAUCUAAAAUUUCAUCUUUGGAAGAGUCUAAAGAUCUCUCUACUAUUUCUGUUGAAGAACUAAUAAGUGCUCUUCAAGUACAAGAGCAAAGAAGCGCUUUUAUGCAAGAUAAUGUUACUGAGGGUGCCUUUUAUGCACAAAACAGAAAAGAAAAAGAGAAUUAUCCUCUUUGCAAAUACUGUAAAAGAAAAAUGCACUUGGAAAAAAUUUGUUGGUGGAGACCAGAUACAGUAUGUGGAAAUGGCAAACAAGCCGGUCAUGUUACAAAAGUUUGCAAGCUUAAAAACAAUCUUCAAGCACAAGUUGUAGAAGCAAAAAUCGAGGAGUAG